GAGGGAUUAAUAAAUUAAAUAAUAUUAUACUAAUAAUUAGGGAUGCACCGAAAAUUCGGCCACCGAAAAUUUUCGGCCGAAAACGACCCAAAAGUGCAUUUUCGGUUUUUGGCCGAAAGACCGAAAUCACCGAAACAACACGGCCGAAACUUGUGAUGACGUGAGCAAACAGCGCAGCCAGCACGCGGGAAAACGGGAUAAGAGCCAGCAUGUCUGCGGUGUGGACUGAUUUCACUAUAUCAGAGAAAGACCCACGGAUAGCGAUUUGCAAAACAUGCAAUGCUGAAAUUUCAAGAGGGGGUGCAUCUGCAAAAAGUUUCUCCACGUCGGGUUUAAUUCAUCACCUGGAAUCCAAACAUCCCGAUCGCCAUUCUGAAUAUGAGAAGAAGGCGACACAGAAAAGGAAACUGACACCGAGCACUCCCACUCCAUCUGUGGCGGACGUUUUUGAAAAGGCAAGAAAGUUCUCCAGUGAUUCUGCCAAGGCAAAGGGCAUAACACACAAAAUUAUGGAAUUCAUUGCCUUAGAUGAUCAGCCGUUCUCUAUCGUAGAAGAUGUGGGAUUUCGUAGGCUGAUAGAUCACAUUGAGCCCCGUUAUGCUAUGCCAAGCAGACGACAUUUCUCAGACGUGUGUUUACCUGAGCUGUUUAAUAUCGUUGCAACUCAUGUCCAUAAGCUUCUAGCAUCAGAUAUUACGGCGAUCAGUUUCACGACCGACAUAUGGAGCUCCGACGUCAGCCUCACCAGUAUGCUCAGCCUAACCGCGCAGUGGAUCGACAAAGAUUUCAAGCUGCAAAAGAUUCUGCUCCAUUCACAAGAGUUUAGAGGCUCACACACAGCAGCAGCAAUUUCUGAUGCAUUUACCAAUAUGUGCGACACCUGGCAUAUCGACCGAUCUAAAGUGCAUGCCAUAGUGAGUGACAAUGCAAGAAAUAUGACAAAAGCGAUAGAAGACAGCCAGCUGAAAGGAAUACGGUGCAUGGCCCACACACUACAUCUGGCUGUGAACGAGGGAGUGUUGUCUCAGCGCAACGUAAAAGACAUAUUGACUAUAGGCAGAAGAAUAGUUGGCCACUUUAAACAUUCUCAGCUGGCCUAUUCCCGUUUACAGUCUAUGCAAGAUCAGCUUGGAACACAAAUAAAACGGUUCCAACAAGACGUGCGUACACGCUGGAAUGGCACUUUUUACAUGCUGGAAAGCCUCUUUGCACAAAAGCGAGUCUUGGCUGCUUACAGCGCAGAUCAUGAGCUCCCCGCGACAUUCACUUCACACCAGUGGGUCUUAAUAGAGAACAUUCUCUCUGUCCUUGACCCCUUUGAGCAGCUAACGAAAGAGAUCAGCUCCUUUGAUGCAUCUGUUGCAGACGUAAUACCGUUAAUUGCGGCACUAAAGCGUCUUCUAAGUAAAGAAGUUGAGACGGACCACGGGGUGAAAACAAUCAAAAGUACACUCUUAGAGUCUGUCAAGAGACGUUUCACUGAGAGCAAUGAUGAUCCUCUGCACUUCAUCGCGACUGUACUUGAUCCGCGUUAUAAGGAUCAUUACUUGGAUGUGGGAAUAAAACAGUGCGCACGAGAAAUGAUCCAGGCCGCGAUGGAUGCGGACAACCCGCUUGGAGACAGGCCAGCGCACAGCGCAGGAGGAGAGCAGAGCGCCGAAAAAAGGACCCGUCACUCUGCACUAGAUGAGGGGCAUGCGCCUUUGUUGUCUGAUAUGUUCAAUGAGAUCCUGCAAGAGAGUGCCCCAAACAAUAGGCAGCCAACAAGCUCAACCGCUCAACAAUUAGAUGGUUAUCUGUCUGAAGUCCCCAUCUCCAGAAGUGAUGACCCUCUUGCCUACUGGAGAAAUAACCAUGGCCGCUUUCCUGACCUGGCAAAGAUGGCACGCAAGUACUUGUCUGCGCCGUGCACAAGCACUGACAGUGAGAGACUGUUCAGUGCUGCAGCUCAUGUUCUUGAUGAGAAGAGGAACAGACUUCACUGUGACAAAGCAGAAAAGCUACUCUUCAUCAAGAAAAACCUGCCACUUUACCUCAAGAAGUAGAAUGGGCGUGUGUCUAGUGUUAAAAUAUUUGUUUUCCAGUUUGUGCAUCCACAAUUCUUGGUGGAUUUGUUGUUGAUAAAGGCUAUGGUAACCAUUGUUUUGAUACACUUUUAUGUUGUACACACAGAACAAAAUUUAAAAGGCACUUGACUUAUGCACUUUGUGUUUUUAAAAGAGAACAUAUUUAAUUUUACAGUCUUUCAGCAGGCCAGUCAGUUAUAAGCCUGUAAAUUAUUAUUUAAUGUACACAUGAGUGGGGUCAAGUUAAACAUUUUAUUUUUAUUUUAUUAUUGAAUUUUAAUUUAUAUUGUGCAUUGUUGUAAUGUCAGUGCUAAAUAAAUAUUUUCAUACU